UGCAAAAUGGAUAAAAGAUUACAUUGUGUAUUACUGUGGUGUUUCCUCAUCUUAUAUUUUUACUCACAAAUAGAAGCACAGACUGGCGUUUGUAAAAAAGAUCCAUUGAUAUGCUGCCCAAAUUACAGAGGAGUUGGUGGGAAAUGCGUAGAAUGCUGGCCUGGAUUUUUUGGUUACAAUUGUAACAGUACUUGUCCUGAUGGGUUUUAUGGGAAAUUUUGCCUUGGGAAAUGUAACUGCUCGUCAUGUGACAAGAUAUCAGGAUGUAAACAAAAUUCAAGCUCACAGGGUUCAGCAAUUCCUGGAACUGGCUACUUGGGCGGACAGACAUCCAGUAGAAACGCAUCCUCUUCCGCAUUUUCCAUCUUGAUCGGCGUAAAAGGGAAAUUACCAACCCUGGAUAUUUCAUUGGAGAUCAUCUUUUUAUUUCUGAUGCAUACAGCAUUCGGGGACAAAUUUUAACAGUUACUUUAAAAAAUAUGUAAUGAUAAAUCAAAUGAAAACCUAGUUUGCGUACAUAGGAGUGUGACAAACGUUCCACCUAGGCAAGAACACGUGUUUUCGGACAUAAUUUGCCAAAGUUAAUAUCGUUGUCGGUGAAUAAACCUUUUGUGACAUAUUCAGUCCAAGGCAUAUGUUGAUCCCUGGUUUGGAUUUAAUAAACGGUUCAUUUGUGGCAUAUCUAUUCCCUCGGUAGCCGUUGUUCUACUAAUAAACUGAC